AUGAAGUUUCAGAGCACUCUGCUUCUUGCCGCCGCGGCUGGUUCCGCGUUGGCUGUGCCUCAUGGUCCUGGACAUAAGAAGAGGGCGUCUGUGUUUGAAUGGUUCGGAUCGAACGAGUCUGGUGCUGAGUUUGGGACCAAUAUCCCUGGGGUUUGGGGAACCGACUACAUCUUUCCCGACCCCUCAGCCAUCUCUACGUUAAUCGACAAGGGAAUGAACUUCUUCCGCGUCCAGUUCAUGAUGGAGAGGUUGCUGCCCGACUCGAUGACUGGUUCAUAUGAUGAGGAGUAUCUGGCCAACUUGACGACAGUGAUAAAAGCGGUAACGGACGGAGGCGCCCAUGCGCUUGUCGACCCUCAUAACUAUGGCAGAUACAACGGCGAGAUCAUCUCCAGCACGUCAGAUUUCCAGACCUUCUGGGAGAAUUUGGCCGGCCAGUACAAAGACAACGACCUGGUCAUGUUUGACACUAACAACGAAUAUCACGACAUGGACCAGGAUCUCGUGCUGAACCUCAACCAAGCAGCCAUUAACGGCAUCCGCGCCGCAGGUGCGACCAGCCAGUACAUCUUCGUCGAAGGCAACUCCUGGACGGGAGCCUGGACGUGGGUCGACGUCAACGACAACAUGAAGAAUUUGACCGACCCCGAAGACAAGAUCGUCUAUGAAAUGCACCAGUACCUAGACUCCGACGGUUCCGGCACGUCGGAGACCUGCGUGUCCGAGACCAUCGGAAAAGAGCGGGUCACUGAAGCUACACAGUGGUUGAAGGACAAUAAGAAGGUCGGCUUCAUAGGCGAAUAUGCCGGGGGUUCCAACGAUGUAUGUCGGAGUGCCGUGUCGGGGAUGCUGGAGUACAUGGCGAAUAACACCGACGUAUGGAAGGGUGCGUCGUGGUGGGCAGCCGGACCAUGGUGGGGAGACUACAUUUUCAGCCUGGAGCCCCCAGAUGGAACUGCGUACACGGGUAUGCUGGAUAUCCUGGAGGCAUAUCUUUAA